CGGGCUCUGUUCUGGGCAGACUCGGGUCAGAAACUCCAAGUACAACUUCCAGCCCCAGAGAAAAGCAGGACAAAGCGUUGGAGAAUAGAAGCAUCCUUGACGACGAACGAUCCAAGAAGAAGAAUCAUUUUGAUUUUAUCAUUUUGAUCUCUCUGGCUAAAACCAGAGGAAGAGCUGACAAUUGAGCGGUUUCAAGCAGCUCUCUCGCAUUCUAUCCUUUAAAUACUGGUAUAAAUUGCAGCAAGACCAGCCGCAGGUCCUCGUUGGCGAGGCUCGGGCGCCGGAGCUCCGUUAAUUGACCGCACGGCGCCGCAGCUCCGCAGCGCCCCGGCAGGGAGCGGAGCUGUCCGCGGUGCUGCCCGCGCCCGCCGCCUUUAUUCCCAUCAGAGCCGCUCUGAGGAAUAAAUCGCACAGCAUUUAUCUUAAUCGCUCCCCUGCAGAGACAGCAAUGGGGCAGUUAUUGAUACAUCCCUCACCUGACAAGAGCAGGCCACUUAGAGGACUCAUUACUGUUAUUAUUAUUAUUUUUUUUUUCUUUAAGCACCUGCUUUUUAACUUCGCUUCCCCUCAGCUUGCAGCAGGCUGGAUGAGCGGGAGACUGCUGAAUCCAUCACAAUUGCUAUUGCCAUUCAGAGACACCUUUUUAUGAACAGUUCACCCAUUUCCCAACGGAAAGCUCUGCUCCAUCCCCUACCCAGUAAAACCAGCACCCUUCUCCUGGCUCCCAAAGGUGCUAUCCUUCCCCUAAGCCAGCCUGGAAAGGUUGGGAAGCUGCUGCAGAUACCCUGGCUCAUGACAAAGAGCAGAACAGGAGUGACAAUAAGCUCAGGUUUCCUUUUUCCAGCUCACCCCAACGCCCACCAGCUCAAGGAGCAGGAGAUUACUGGGGGAAAUGGCCAAGCCCCAUGAGCACCCACCCAGACAGGGAUCUAUGCAGCUCAAAAGCAGCUCUAAGGCAGGGGCUACAACACAGCUAAUGUUGCCCCGCAGUAAAUAACAUGGCACUGCCUUUUCUUGCCAGAAACCACCACUUAGAGAUCACUUGACACAACCAAUGUUGAAUGUUAACCCACAGUGCUGCACCACCUUUUGAAAAGUAAGAACAACUCAUUCAAAUAAAUCACCCUAAUAACCAGUGACCUCAAGGCAGUCAGCAGAGAACAUUUUGUUUUGGUGAGCAAAGUAUUGAUUGCACAUCCAUGUCCUUGAGAUGAACUUGACUCUUUGAAAGCAGCAGAAGCCCAAUGAAACAGGAUCCUCUCCCUGCUAAUCCCUUUGAAGAGUGAAGCAGAGCUGUUUUAUCAGGCUGGACCCAGCCACAACACUUCUCUAGUGGCCUCAGAGACCCGCAGGGCAUGUUGAGCAUGCAACAAAAGUUCCACCUCAUCUUCCCCCCAGGUUUCCUUGCUGAGGGGCUGCAGGAGGCUUGGACAAUAUCACUCACACUGCCAUCAAUGGGAGAACAAUCUCACAGAUUAUUUGCUGUGUUCUCCAAAAGCAAAGAAGGCUUCAGCCCUGCUUGUGCCCAGAGCUGUGGGUGCUGCCGCAGCCAAGCAUCACAGCCCCAAAGUGAUGGAUGGCCUAUGCCUGCAGUCAGCAGUACAUAGCUUUAUGGAAGCAACAAAGCAGCAUUGAUUUCACAACACAGGGGAUUUCCCCCUCCCUAAAAUACUGCCUGCCUUUGCACAGUUGACUCAAGCUGUAUGGAGCAAACAUGAGUUUCAAGAGGCAAAGCCCAUCUGCACCACGCAUAUUUGCUGGGGAUAGAAACUUUGUCCCUAUUGCACCGUGCUGGUGAUGGGGCUGUCUGCACAAGGAUGUGUCCAAAUGGCUCAGAGGGAAGAUGCCACUUGUGGCCUUAACAGUGAGUUAACCAGUGCCUGAUUCUCAGGGUUUCAUGCCACUGCAUGUUUGCAAUCGUUCUCCAUAAUGAAUCAGUGAAUUUUAGUGCAAAUCUGUUUAAAAACAGAGCUCAGAGAAAGCAUGGUCAGCGCAUUUGUCUUGGGGAUAUAAAAGAAACAAAAGCCCCCUCCUCAUGCUAGAGAACAAGAUGAGAUUCUUAGUCACCCUCUCAUCUCCGACAAAGCUUUAAUCAAGCACAUCCCAACCAAAGCACGCAGGAUGCUGUUCUCACUGCGGGUCCUGAGAACAAACGCCAUGCAUGCAGCCCCUGCACCCUUCCCUUGGGAGUGCACCCCACAGAUAGCAGCACCCAGGCACACAGCCAAAGCAACAUGAAAGCCAAUCCCAGGGGAACAGUCCGGGGAGUGAAAGAAAGGACAUCAGGUGUUCCUUGUGCUGGAGAACAGAAAAUCUUCCCAUUGAAGCCUUCAGUGCAAACAUUUUUACAACUUUUGAGCUGGGGAAUAGAUCACGAUCAUAAUACUUCCACCUUUCAACAGCAGCAGGCAAGAAUACCCCUUGUCCUCACAGCUCUCUGCAUCACCCUACAGCACAAUUUGAAAUAAAGGAGGAAAGUCCUUCAGCCUUUCCCCUCCGGGAUCACUGCGUGUGAGGGACACCCUCACCACCCACUCUGAAAGCAGCAGCUCUAAAGGCAGCAGCCAGGUAACACACACAUGAGAUGUGUGGUACAGAUUUUGCUUUGAAAAGUUGGUUCAGCCUGCCAGCCUCUUUUCUGGGAAUUAGUGUGGAAACAAAAAAAGUCCCACCCAGAAAGAAGAACCACUGGCGCUGCCAGAACUGUGUCAGCUCCUUUGCUUCCCUUUAUCUCCCAGCAGUGAUGGGGCUCCCUCUCAUCUCCAUCCAGAGAGAGAACGUUUCACAAAGGGUUGGAAAUAAAACCUGCCUUAACACCAGUGAGACCCAGAAGAUGCUCUCUGAUAGGCACACAUUGCAUCACAAUGGCAAGGUGCAGGAACUGGGACCAGGCUCACGAGAAGCUCUGCUCCUCCAGUGGAUGCCAAAAUCCACCCCAGGAUCCUUCCAAGCAGCCUCACAGCCAGCAGGUAACAUUUCCAUGGUGACAGUCUCACCUGCAGAUCAGUUACACCUGCAGUAGUGCUGUGUAUCUCACCCAGAUCUGCUCACACAUGCUGAGUUCAGAUCUGGGCAAGUUUCUGACAGCCUCAUGUUCCCAUCCACGCAAUUACACUUUUUCUCCCAGAUAAUCUCUCACUGUGAACAACAGAUCUAGCAUUUUAUUCUCCCCAUUUUUUUGUUCCUUUUUUUCCUCAUUUAUUGUUCAAUGUAUUCUUGACAAAGAACAAUGAUUCCUAAACCAAUGCCUUCCCACUGCAGCCCUAUCAAACCCAGCUUCCCCUACAACAACUCACAAACGGUUCCAAUUUUCCCCCCAAAACAAAGAGGGCAGCUCUGGAGGAGUCUAUUUUCUGAUGAAAUAACAUUCUUAUAAUUGCUAUGGAUAUUCCUCGGGCGAUCUUCACUUUGUUUCAUUUUGCUGAGGUCUAGCAACUGACCAGAUUUUGGUAGGGAUACAGAAAAUACCAACAAGAGUUGUGCUCCAGGCCUGGAAAAAAAGGAGUGACUGCUGAAAAGCCAGUUCUACCCAUGGCCCUCAAGAAGACACUUCAAAGUAUUUGAUUCCCAGCCCAUUACUAAUGCACAGGAACCUUGCUAGAAAAGGCCAAACAUCCCCAGAAAAGGGGCAAAAUCAAACACAGCUCUUAACAGCUUGGCUCAUUCCAACACGCUGACCCACUUGGUGCUGCACAUUGGCAGCAGAGUGCUGAUGGAUGGAUGCCUCCUCUGCUAUUAAAUCAAAGGUCAGGCAGCCUCCAGCUGGAAGCUGCAUUUAAAAGACGAAAGGAGAAUGAGGAUGACCUUUGGCUUCCUUCCUACGUUCACAGGAAAAUAAAAGUGAUCAUAUGCUGUUGAUGACUUCGUUAUUCGACCUGGGGUGGGUUUCUUCACAGCACUUCUGCGCCUCCCCAAGCACAUCCCAAGAUUAAGCUGUGUUUCCAAAAGCUGGACCAGGAGCUCAGCUGGAAGCAGCAGCGCUCUGGCAAGCCCAGCACACGCAGAACUUUUCUUCCCCCCGAUGGGAAGGAGUGCUAAUUGCUCAGCCGUGCCAUGCACACACGGCCACCAUGUUGCUAUGAUCUCAAAGAUGGGUAACGUCAGCAUCCCGGGGACCCUCCUCCAGCUGGGAUCGGCGAGCCAAGGCUGAGCUACACGGAGCAGCGGUGCCGGAGGAGCAGCAGAGCUGCACACCAGGGCACCCUGGGAGAGGAGAAUAGCUGCGUCAUAAAUGUCACUGUAUGUGCAACCUCAGCUGCUGAAAUGAGCUUGAAGUCCCCAAUCUAAAGAAAGGCACUAAUUAAACACAGCAAUGCUCCUGCUCUGAUACGGAAAAGCAAGCACUGUGCAAGUGAAACAGCCAUCCCUCACAUCCUCCAGGAGAGGAGGAAAGCCGCCCAGGCACAAAGCUUCCUCUGCCCUCCUUGUUGCUGCCAGCCCUGAGGAAUCUCACUGCAAACAGCUGAACUGCAUCCCUCCAGCAGAGAAAAGCAGCGGCUCACCGGGAUGCUCUGAGAGCUGUUCCACUCGCGCAGGGGGAUACAAUUCUCAUUUGCUUUGUUCAUGAAGCCUUGGACGCCAGAGGGCAGCCUGUGACCAGCAGGCAUGGGGAACAGCUCUCUGUGGGACAGUUUGAACGGCACCUGCAGCAAUGCAGCCAACAGCUCCUACCUGGACGGCGAUAUGAUGUUCAACUUCACCUUCCAAGAGCAAUCAGCUGAUUUCUACGUUGUCCUCCCUGUGAUUUACUCUGUCAUCUGUGCUGUUGGGCUCACAGGCAACACUGCUGUCAUCUACGUGAUCCUCAAGGCUCCCAAGAUGAAAACUGUGACAAACAUGUUCAUCCUGAACCUUGCAAUAGCCGAUGACUUGUUCACACUUGUCUUGCCCAUUAAUAUCGCUGAACACCUCCUCCACUAUUGGCCCUUUGGAGAAAUCCUCUGCAAGGUCAUCUUGUCCAUAGACCACUACAACAUCUUCUCCAGCAUUUAUUUCUUAACAGUGAUGAGCAUAGACAGGUACCUGGUAGUGCUGGCUACGGUCAGGUCCAAAAGGAUGCCACACCGUACGUACCGAGCAGCCAGGAUCGUCAGCUUGUGCAUCUGGAUCCUAGUCACCAUCAUAGUUCUCCCUUUCAUCAUCUUUGCCAACGUAUACAUAGAUGACCUGAAGAUCAAGAGUUGCGGUCUAAAUUUCCCCAAGCCUGAAAGGUUUUGGUUCAAGGCCAGCAGGAUCUACACCCUCAUCCUCGGCUUUGCCAUUCCAGUGUCCACUAUCUGCAUCCUCUACACCAUGAUGCUCUACAAGCUGAGGAACAUGCACUUGAACUCUAAUGCCAGAGCUCUGGACAAAGCCAAAAAGAAAGUCACCAUCAUGGUCUUCAUCGUCCUGGCCGUGUGUCUCUUCUGCUGGACCCCGUUCCACCUGGCCACCAUCGUGGCUUUGACCACUGACUUGCCCCAGACCUCCAUGGUCAUUGGUAUCUCCUACUUCAUCACCAGCCUAAGCUAUGCCAAUUCAUGCUUGAAUCCUUUCUUGUAUGCUUUCCUGGAUGACAGCUUUCGGAAAAGCUUCCGGAAGAUGCUGGAAUGCAGAACUUCUUGAACAGUGGAUGGGAGGCUUGCAGCUCCCUUCCCUCCCAUAGCUUUGCAAGGGAAACUUUGCAGACUUCAGAGGGCGGCUAACGAAUGCACAAGUCUUCUCUUUAGUUUGUAUGUAGUGUAUGUUUAACAUCAUCAUUCACAAUUUGUCCAGCAUCUUUCAUCUCUGCAUCCCCAAACUUCUCAAAGCUGUAUUUCUAUGUUCUCAUUUUUAAUCAAACCCCAAAGCAGUAAGGACAGAAAACUUCUUUUGCAAAGGUUUGCUUCUGCUUCAGCGGUCCUUUAUUGCCAUCUGCUGUACAGCACAGUGAAGCUGUAGACCAACUUUCAGAGGAGCAGCAGGGCUAGCAUUCACUUUGUGACACAUCAACCACACAGAGGAUGCAAGAUGAGUAUUUGGAAAGGGAAAAUAACCAUUUUCAUGUGUGCACACGUGUUACAGCUUUGCUCUUGUUUGAGGGAUGUCAGCUCCACUCUGACCCCAGUUUCCUUCCUUCUUGAACUGUUAACAGCUGUUACGUUUAAACCAAAAAGAAAAACCCGUGUCUUAAAAGUGCUGUUCAAUAACACACCUUAAAAAUAUUGUGGUAACCGUGGGAAUUUGUGCUAGAAAUUAUUUUUAACUAAUGAUUCCUGUUCAACGUCAGAUAUAUAUUUAUUUAAGAGUGAUUGACAAAAUAAACUUCACGGGGAAAAAUAAAGACAGCCUGGUCCUUCUUUC